AUGCUUCGCCUUAAGCCGACAGUCAUCACGAUGACCCCCGCCGAGGUCAUCGAGGCCGAACAUCGCCGCCGCUUCCGCAAGUAUCUUCGCGAAUCCGAAGAUCUAUCUCGAGUCGUCGAUCGAGGGAGCUGGAAUGCGACACUUCCUUUUCGCCCUGCUUGUCUGCAAUCAUCGGUUGUAGCAGACGCUGGAAGGAGACACGCCCACUCUGUGGAGGACCUCAACACCCAUGCACUCUCAUCAGAGCUGCAACUGGCUGCAACUCGAAUCCCCGAUGACGAUGUUAUCUCUGUCAUAUCCCAGCCAGAGUCUACGCUGCCCCUGAGAACGAAAUCUGGCCCGCUUCCUGCCACACCUGAAGCUGCGCAGGAUGACGUGGAAGAUGUGACAGUUAUAUCCGGCUCGUCAAUCACCGCUUCAUCUAGACGACCGUCUGCUUGUAGCCGACGUAAUGAUGCUGCAGGGAAAGGGCGAAUCCAAGCUAUGUCUUUGUCGCCUCCUGCUUCCCGUACCCGUCGCUGGCUGGAUGGUGCGGACUCGGACUUGCCCAGCGAAAAGAUGCCUAUUACUCGACGUCGUCGGGCUUCUCUCGGCUCAGCUUUCCUCUCAAGAAGAACGGUUGCCGGUCUGGAGCGUUAUGUUCAGUCCGAGUCCUCCGCCGACACAGAAGACAACGACAUGGGUUUGAGGAGCCUGAAACCUCGUUGGCAACACCGCGCCAUAGAACUCCAGGCCAACCUCGAAUCUAUAACGAUCACAUACCCUCUUCAUCGCAUCCUCAAACCCCGCGAAAUUUGCCCGAGAGUCACCGUCAAGACCAUCUACGCGGUGCAUACACAGCUCCCGUCCAGCGAGGGACUCAGCACCCUGAAGCGACGCCCUCCACAAGCCGUCGCAGACGUGGAACUGGACGUAGAAGAGGCACUAGUCCUGCAGGACUGCAAACUCCGGGGUUCGUGGGAUUGUAUGGAGGUAUAG